AUGGUAGUCCCGAUGGCCGGCAUGCCCGAGUGGCGGAGAUCCCGCGCAUACCAAGAUGGAGCCGCUCACCCGCACUCACUCUCUCCGCAGUUCUAUGAGAAGAUGGAGCAGAUAUACGCCAUCACGGGUGCCGGCUACAUCAUCCGGCUGAAGCUGGUGGAUGGAGCCGACGCCAGACGGUGCGGACGCGACACCGUCGACACACGAGUGCGAUUCCAUAAGUGCAUAUACACGCGCGACGACUCGAAGACGGGAAGCACCUGCGAGUGUAAUGCAUCGUACGGCUUCCUUGUCGACAAGAGCAUCGAGAGGGGCGACGACAAGGCGGCCGCUGUAUGGGGACGUUACUACAUCGCGCACAUUGUUGCCUUGGCCGCGAUGGUCACCGCUCCCGCCCUCGGCUCGUUAUCCCUUGGGUGCUUUUUCUUGGCCUCGCAGGAGUGUUACUAUGAUCCUGGGCCGACAGCCGGUAGCUGCGGCAUCCCGCGCCGUCACUUCAAUGUCAUUGCCGCUGUCUUGUUCACGGCAAGCUAUGGGUUUCCCUUUGUUGCCUUCUUCGUGUGGAAACACCUGACCAACGUCGACUGGUGCUUCGACGCCGCCACGGGCGACAUGCACGCAGCGCCGUGUGGGAGUAAUGUGGGCCCCUAUUUCAUGCUUUACGCCUCAGCCGUCAAUUUCGUCCCCAUGGUCCUACUAUUGGUUUUCGUACUUGCCGUCAAGUGCGUGGAGAGGCUGAGGGUCAAGGGGCAGUGCCAUGCAGCCGGUGCGGCCGCCCCGGUGUCGGUGCCUGCCCCCGUCGUAUCCCAUGGGCCUCCGGCAGCUGUGGUGGGGAAUGUGAGCAAUCCACAAGACGGCGGUGAUCUCGCCAACGUAUGA